AUGCUAAAUGAACAGGGAUGCAUGCAAGUAAACAUCAACAGAUGCAGGUACGGCAGCGGCAGCGUGGGCGGCACCGGGAAGAAGGUGCGGCGGAGAGUGCCCACCCUGGCCCAGCGAAGGGCGGCCAACGUGAGGGAGAGACGCCGAAUGUUUAACCUGAACGAGGCUUUCGACAAACUCAGACGGAAGGUGCCCACCUUCGCCUACGAGAAGCGGCUGUCGCGCAUCGAGACCCUGCGCCUGGCCAUCACCUACAUCUCCUUCAUGACGGAGCUGCUCGCCUCGGAGCACGAUGACGUCGCCGCCGCCGCCGCCACGGCCUCGGCCAACUCGGGCUCCCCUGCGACGGGAACCCGCGGGACGCCUCACCGGGUCCCCGCGCCGCCCCCGCCCGUGCCCACGCGCCACCACGAAUACACGGAGCUCACCCUGGUCAAGCGCUGCCCGCCGUACCCCACGCAGCUCACCGCCACGUAA